UUCAAACUAAACAAAAUGACGCCAGCCAAACCGCUGGCCACGCCCCCACGCGCCCCGCCCCUCAGCACAUACGCCUGCCAAGCGACAGACUUCAAGUGCGUCUCCCACCCACACACGUGCAUCAAGGCGAGCAUGGUCUGCGACGGCAUCUACGACUGUACGGAUCACUCGGACGAGUUCAACUGCAGCCGCGAUCUGGCUGCCAAGACAGUUGGCCGACCCACCACUGGCGUGGGCGUGGGCGUGGGUGUGGGCGUAGGCGCUAGCCAUGGAUCGGGCAACAGUUUCAAGCGCUGGAAGAAGAGCUGGAGGAAGCAUCAGCCCUGGCAUCAGGCAGAUAAACAGCAACGAGUUGGACAGCCAAAGGCCAAAGGCUUCUUCGCGGGCAUGACCCAACCGAGCGUCUAUCUGCCGCCCUUGCGGCCAACGCCCCCGCCGGAGCCAGAGGUGCCGCGUGACUACAGCCUGAAACUGGAUCAGCAGUCAUCGAAAUUGCACGUUGGCGAAUCGACCGAAGUUGAGUGCUAUUCCUCGGACAACAGCUACACGAAUGUGAUCUGGGAACGUUCCGAUGGUGUGCCACUCUCUGCCAACAUUCGGCAAGUGGGCAACCGUCUGGUCAUCAGUCAAGUGACGGCUGCGGAUGCGGGCAACUAUGUGUGCAAAUGCCAAACGGAUGACGGCGAUCUCUAUACGACCAGCUAUGAGCUGGCCAUCGAGGAGGAGCCCCAUGAGCUGCGUCGUCCGAAGAUCGUGCACGCCAAUGUCGGUGAUCAAGCCCAGCUGAUCUGCGGCGCCGAUGAGAGUCGUCAGCCCACUUACCACUGGUCACGCCAGUACGGACAAAUGCAACCCGAAAGCUAUCUCCUCAGCAGUGAACUGUCGCUGCAGGACGUGCAGGCAAACGAUGCCGGCAGCUACAUCUGCACAGCCGACUAUAACGAUGGCGAGUCCGUGGACUAUCCGAGCAUUCUGGUCAUCACGGGAGUCAUCCCACAGUUUAAUCAGCAACCGCUCAGCUACAUGAGUUUCCCCACUCUGCCAGACUCCGCGUUCAACUUCAAUUUUGAGGUCACUUUCCGGCCGGAAUCCGCCAACGGCGUGAUUCUCUUCAACGGGCAAACGCGCGGAGCGGGCGAUUACAUUGCACUCUCGCUGAAGGACCGUUAUGUGGAGUUCCGUUUCGACUUUGGCGGCAAGCCGAUGGUAGUGCGCGCCGAGCAGCCCGUCGAGCUGCACGAAUGGCAUACGGCACGUGUGUAUCGCUCGCGUCGCGACGGCUACAUUCAGCUGGACGAACAGCAUCCGGUCGCAUUCCCCACUCUCACGCAAGUGCCGCAGCUGGAGCUCAUCGAGGAUCUGUACAUUGGCGGCGUACCCAACUGGAACCAGCUGCCCGCCGAGGCGGCGGCACACCAAACGGGCUUCGUUGGCUGCAUUAGCCGCCUGACGCUCCAGGGACGCACCAUUGAGCUGAUGAAGGACGCCAAGCUGAAGGAGGGCAUCACCAGCUGCAAGCCUUGCGCCGCCUCGCCCUGUGCCAACGGCGGCAUCUGCCUGGAGAGCCAAACGGAACUGGCCUACACCUGUGUCUGCCAGCAGGGCUGGACCGGCCGCAACUGCGCCGUCGAAGGCACCCAAUGCACUCCGGGCCUGUGCGGCGCCGGACGCUGUGAAAACACCGAGCUGGGCAUGGAAUGCCUCUGCCCACUCAAUCGCACCGGCGAUCGCUGUCAGUACAUGGAACACCUUAACGAACACAGUCUCAACUUCAAGCGAAACAGCUAUGCCGCCUACAAAACACCUCGUGUAUCGCGCAUCAAUGUGACUCUAUCGCUGCGUCCAUCCAGCUUGCGUGAUGCGGUGCUGCUGUACACGGCCGAGUCGCAGCUGCCCAGCGGCGAUUACGUGGCGCUCGUGCUGCGCGACGGUCAUGUGGAGCUGAUCAUCAACACGGCUGCGCGCCCCAAGCCUGUCGUGGUGCGCUCACAGAAGCCGCUGCCGUUGCACAGAUGGACACGAGUCGAGGUGCUGCGUCGCCAGGGCGAGAGCAUACUACGUGUGGGCGAUGAGCCCGAGCAGAGGGCCAAGGCGGUGGGUGGGCCACGCACCCUCUCGCUGAAGACGCCGCUGUAUGUGGGCGGCUACGAUCGGUCCACGAUCAAGAUCAAUCGGGAUGUGAACAUCACCGAAGGCUUCGAUGGCUGCAUUUCGCGGCUCUACGACUCGAUGCGCCCCGUCCAGCUGCUGGCUGCCAUCAAGGAUGCGGCCAACCUGCAGAAUUGCGGCGAGCUCAACGAGAUCGGGAACAACGACUACGACGGCGAGCUGCCCGCGGUGCCUGUGGCUCCGACAAGCAACAGCCGCGUCGCCCAUCGCGAGGAGGAGCAGCAGCCCUAUGCGAUGUCGCCCUGCGCCAACGAGCCCUGCGAGAACGGCGGCACCUGCACGGAGCUGGAGCAGCAGGCGGUCUGUGCCUGCAGCCUGGGCUACAGCGGCAAGCACUGCGAGGAGCACAUCCAAGUGAGCUUCAAUGCCUCGUUCCGCGGCAAUGGGUACCUGGAGGUGGACCGCAGCCAGUUUAGCUCGGAGAUAGACCAGCAGUACACCUCAGCGGUGGUGGUGUUCUCCACCAGCAAGCCCAACGGCCUGCUGCUCUGGUGGGGCCAGAAAUCUGGCGAGGAAUUCACCGGCCAGGACUUCAUUGCCCUCGCCGUCGUCGAUGGCUUUGUGGAGUACGCUCUGCGCCUGGACGGCGAAGAGGUGGUCAUACGCAACGGCGACACUCCCGUGGACGACGGCCAGCGCCAUAUAGUGAUUGUGAAGCGUGCGGACAACACUGCCAUACUCGAGGUCGAUCGCAUAUCCGACUCCGGCGAGACGCGACCCACCAGCAAGAAGGAGAUGCAUCUGCCGGGCAACGUGUUCAUUGGUGGCAUUCCGAACAUUUCACGUUUCACGGGCAAACGCUACACGCACAACUUCAACGGCUGCAUUGUCUUUGUGGAGGGCGAUGCCGUUGGCCAGAUCAAUCUGGGCAAGGCCUCUGUCAGUGGCGUCAACGUGGACACCUGCCCUGUUAACGAUGAGGCCCUGGGUGGCACCGAACCACCUGUCGUUUGAGGCAAUAUAUCAAGCACAACAACAACAACA